AUCAGAUGCGCAAUGGCGGUACAAAUCGUGCCAGAUAAGGACAAAUGUAUUCGUGGAUAAAUCGUGGAUCUCUCUCCAAGAGGAGCUGCGUCGAUGACAGUGAGGAAAAUUUAGAAGAGGAAACGCAUUUUUCACAUGGACUGCAUCUCCAGACUUUGCCUGCGCAGCUGAGAAAUGAUUGGGUUCUAAGGUUGUUUUGAUGGGAACAGUUUACAAGCUGUUGGUGAGUUAUUGGAUUUUCACUCGGAUUAGACACAUUUGAAACAGUGGAUCAGUCGUCUUCUGGUGGUCAGAUGAAACUUUGCCACCCCUGAUGUUACAGGUAAACUGAAAUCUGCCGUCAUUACGCAAAAUUCAGACAUGGAUAUGAACAACAGCUCCCUGCGCUAUCUCCAUGUGGAGUUCAGCCCGCUGACUGAAAUCCUGGAUGAUAAUGAAACGAACUCCACGCUCGGAGAACGGAACUCGCUGAGCUGCGUCCAGAUCCGCAUCCCUCAGGAGCUCUUCCUGACGCUGGGGCUGAUCAGCCUGGUGGAGAACAUCUUGGUGAUCCUGGCGAUCAUCAGGAACCACAACCUGCACUCGCCCAUGUACUACUUCAUCUGCUGUCUGGCCGUGUCCGAUAUGCUGGUGAGCGUCAGCAACGUGGUUGAAACCAUCUUCAUGCUCUUGAUCGACCACGGACUCAUGGAUGUGCACCCAGGCAUGCUGCGCCACCUGGACAACGUCAUCGACGUGAUGAUCUGCAGCUCCGUGGUGUCCUCGCUCUCCUUCCUGUGCACCAUCGCCGCGGACCGCUACAUCACCAUCUUCUACGCGCUGCGGUACCACAGCAUCAUGACCACGCAGCGCGCCGUCUUCAUUAUCGUGGUGGUGUGGCUGGCCAGCAUCACCUCCAGCAUCCUCUUCAUCGUGUACCACACCGACAACGCCGUCAUCGUGUGCCUGAUCACCUUCUUCUGCACCACCUUGGUGUUUAAUGCCGCGAUCUACCUGCACAUGUUCAUGCUGGCCCACGUCCACUCGCGGCGCAUCACGGCCUUCCAUAAAGGCAGGCGGCAAUCCACGAGCAUGAAAGGGGCGAUCACCCUCACCAUCCUGCUUGGUGUCUUCAUUUUGUGCUGGGGGCCUUUCUUCCUCCACCUUAUCCUCAUCCUCGCCUGUCCCACCAGUCCCUUCUGCAAUUGCUUCUUCCGGAACUUUAACCUUUUCCUCAUCCUCAUCAUCUGUAACUCCCUCAUCGACCCACUCAUCUACGCAUACAGGAGCCAGGAGCUGCGUAAAACCCUGCAGGAGCUGGUCCUGUGCUCCUGGUGCUUUGGCAUGUAGCAGCCAUACGUGGCAGGAGUAAAUUAAGGCAAAUUAGGUUAUCAGGCGAUCUUUCAUUCGUGUAACUGUUGCCCUGUGAAGCUGAAAUAAGCCGUGAAUAAUAUCAGGUUUUAUGGGGCGGAUUGAUCCACAAGCUGCACGCAGCACUUACAGGAUUAGCGUGAAAUCUUAUAAAGAGAUUUGCUAAUGCCUGUCUGGAGUUGGGAUUAGUUUUAUUUAGAGAUUGUGUCUAUUUAUUAGCGUUUGGGCCUUUCGUUGUCCACUUUCCAACUUCAUCCUCUCAGAUAAAAGAAGAGAUCUUCAACCCGGCGAGACAACCAAAAAGUCACUGAACAUUGAACUAUUUAUUUUAAACUUACAAGCAUUUUUCACUGUCUUCUGAUCAAUACUAUUUUACUAUAAAGCUCGGUCCUCUCGGUGAUGUAAUCCUCAAAUAAAAUGUCAUAAAUGUUUAGAAUUUAAACGAACAUGUUGAUAAAACUGAGUCAAAAUGUAUUCUUUGACAAUAAUACUGACUUUAAAUAAUGUCAUCAUUGGUGCAGACAGUUCACGAACCCACUUUGACAAUAAAUGAUUAGUCAUUUUCUAUCUGCUGUAAGGGAAUUGGUUAUAGGGCUCCAAUUAAAAGAAUAUCUACCAGUAGAUUACCCAGUUAUUCGGGAGCAUAAUCUGCCAUAUUCCAGAGUCCGCUGGAACAAACAUGGAUCAGAACGCAAAAAUGGUAAAGUGUAGGCUAAUAUAAAGUUCAAAUUUAAAUAUUACGUGAAAUUUGAUUUUUUUUUUUUAAGUGAUUUCCAUAAUUCAUACAUAUACUAAAGUAAAACUAAAAACAAACUGAUACGCAAGGGUUUAAACACAGGUGUACGAAAUGACUUGUUUACAGCUACGAAACGGAAAGAGGUAGAGAAGAAGUGGCGACGCAUCUGUGAUACAAAGGCUGUGACUUACGAAAUGUUAAAUUGACCCGGAGUCUAAAUGGCAUUAAUAGCAAUACUGCUAAUGAUAAUAAUAAUAAUAAUAAGAGUAACAACAAUAAUAAUAAUAAAUAACAAAUAAUAAUUGUUAGCAUUAUUGUUAAUAUUAAUGGAUAUUGCAUUGUCCACAUAACAUGAAAAAAAGACCAAAAAUUGACGGCAACGUUUUUCUUACUUUGUUAAUUCAGUUAGUCGUGGUUCCAGUAGGGUCAUAGGGUUAAACUUUCAAAAUGUACCUGAAAAGAUCCUUCAGUUUGAGACGUCUUUUUUUUUUUUAAUACAGUCAACAACUCUGUCCAAAAAUAAAAGUGCGAGUGAGAUGAAAGAGGAAAAAACUGAAGGGAAAAAGGUCACAUGAAGAGCCCACCGCCCGAGGCUCAUGGCAUGAGAUAUUUAUGAAAGGAAGGUUAGUCUUGCAGUAUUUCUGGCGACAUGAUUUCCAGAAAGCUACAGUACAAAGAAGCGGCCGUUCAAGAUUUGGAGCGUCAGUUUAAUCUUCUUAGGAGCAAGGGUUAUUAUUAUUAUUAUUAUUAUUAUUAUUAUUAUUAUUAUUAUUAUUAUACCCCACACCCAACUGAAAUCCAGGCCGUAAUUAUUAUAUUUUUGUUAUUUCUCAGCUUCUUGUUUUAAAUUUUUUGUUUCAAAGUUUAAAGUAAAAGUUUAAGUUUACAUCGACGAUACAUGACGAUAACUUUUCCGACGUAUUUACAGCAUUAAGUACAUCAGAGUUGAAAGUACACUGUGGCAAAUGAAAGCGAAAUAUUUCAGCGUAUUUUUAAACACAGUAGAGAUUUCUUCUUUACUGUUUCUUUUUCUUCUAUCUUUUCCUGUAAAUAGCCUACAAUAUUUCUUUUCAGACUCUCUAUAUUUUUUGUUUUCCAUGGUGUAACUCGCACAGAUACGCCUAAAAUAAACAUAACUCAAUUAAAAUUAUUAAUCCUAUUAAAUAAGAAUAAACAAAAAUUAAACGUGCAGGUAAUUUUGUAGCAUUGAGGUGUCUUUCUAUUUCCACUAGACAUCCGAGACUGAUCCAUCCUUUACAUGUGAGGGCUUGGAAAGGGGAGAGCAAUUUUUUUCCACGAAAAAUGCCAAAUCAUGUGAAUGGUCCUUGGUCUUUUAGUGUGGAUUGAUUAUUGUAUAUUUGAUUGUAGCCAUUUCAGCGCCUGAAAAGGCUGUUUUACCUCCUGUAAAUCUGCAAAUACACGUCACUGGUUGUAAAGCAGUUCCAGUGAAAGCUGUAGUUUUUACUAAUUUUAUUUUGUGUGAAAUAGUCAGUGUGGUACGAUUAUGAAAAGAGAUAACCAGUGGCUGUUGACUUUUCUACUGUUACUUUUUUUUAUAAUUAAAAAACUAAGUUCAUUUAAGAAUGUGUUAUUUAUUUCACACAGAACCUCAUUUAUUCCAAGGACACAUUAUACACUAUGGUGGUGCCUUGCAGAAGCAGCCACAACCCUUUAACAUUUCCAUAUUUUGUUGCAUUACAGCCACAAACUUCAAUGUGUUUUAUUCAGACUUUAUGUGAUGGACAAACAUAAAGUACUGAACACUUGUGAAGUAGGAGAAAAAUCAAUCCUUUUUGGUUUUUUUUUACAAAUCAAUAUCUGAGAAGUCUGUAUUGUAUUCAGCUCUCUCAGGCAAUACUUUGUAGACUCACCUUUCAUUGCAGCUGCAACUCUUUUUGGUGUGUGUUUCUAUCAGCUUUAAACAUUUACUGAACAUUUUGACCAAUACUGUAUACGAAACAACUCAAGUUCAACAAAACUGGAUGGAAGGUGUCUGUGAACUUUAAUCAAGUCUUGCUACAGAUUCACUGUUUGAUUUAAGUCUAGGCUUCAAUAGGCCAUUCUAACACAUGAUAUGCUUUGACAUAAAUCCUUCCAUAUUAGCUCUGGUGGUAUGUUUAGGGUCGUUGAACCACCGAAAGUGAACCUCUGCCUUGGUCUUAAGUCUUUUGCAUCCUCUGACAUGUUUUAUUCCAACAUUGGCCUGUUUUUACGCCUCUAUCUGUCUUUCUGUUAGUUUCUAUGUUAUAUAUCAUUUUGCAUUUCUGUUUUGGUCUUGCCUUACCAGAGCAUCUUCUUCCACAUGUUCACAAUGUCCCCUAAAUGUUUGCCUUGUCCUGUUUGCAAAAUGUGGCUUUAUUUCAGCAAUGUACAGCGUAUUUUCCUUAGCAUUUAUCAUCAUGUAACAUUACACAAUGCAUUUGACAAUAAUAAUAAACUUAAACGUCAGAUUAAGGUCAGGAAAAGAUAUGUAUAUUUGCCUCAGCACAUACCUGAGUCUUUGUCGGUGUGCGUUAUGCUUGUCAUAAUGUUGGCCUUUUUGAGGGGGAUUGAAACGGCUGACGU